AUUUUUACAUUUUUAUUUUUUGCAUUUUACAUUUUGAAAGGGGCCAAAAUCCUCAGAAAUGUUUGCACCUCUCUUGGCUUGCAACGCUGGCCAACAUUGGCCAUUAGCACACUUUAAUUUCUGCCAAUCUAAUCGUAGAAAAAAGGGACCUCAUGAUUUCAACUUGUAUUUCUUAAGAGUAAAACUGAGCUUCUUCAUAUUGGCCUUUCUUCUUCGUGCUCUUUGACUUUGAAGCUGUGUACUGGGUCCCCUGGGUCCUCCUAGGUGCCAGACUCGGGUCCGAGUUUGGCGUGGUCAAGAUGCGGAGCCCGCUGUUGGCAGGGAUGCGCGUUUCCUCCUGCGCCCUGCACGCCUGGCGGGGGCCCGCAGCUGGCUGGGGGCGGACAGAUGACGAAGAGGAGGCCCGGAGGUGCUGUGGUGAGAAGAGGCUUGGGGAGGCGUAGGAAGGACGAUCAGCGUCCAUCGCGCCCCGGACUGACCCCGGGAAUCCCCGAAUUCCCGCGGGGGAUCCUGGCUUCCCUCCCGCGUGGUUUCAAAAGUUGUGAAACUCCCGAGGGUCCCAGCCCAUGGCCGCCCUGGUGUCGCGUGGUCUCCAAGGGAGCGGGGAAAGUAAAACCGAAACCUGCCUGCCGGCCCGCCCUGCCGCCCGCGCCCCGCUACGUUCCAGCCCCGCCGACGGCCGAGUGCGCGUCUCUGCUCCGCCAUGGCAUCAGUUUUGAAUGUCAAGGAAUCCAAAGCUUUUGAAAGAACGGUUGUAGUUGCUGGUCUGCCGGUUGGCCGUUUUAAUGAUCUAUCACUGACCACAUUAGUGAAGAGACAUUUCCAAGAUACCAAGAAUGAAGGCGGGGUUGUUGAAAAUGUGAUAUAUCCAACAAGAACUAUGGGAGUUGCAUAUGUAACAUUUAAAGAAAAAAAAGUUGCAGAGAAUGUCAUCAGAAAAAAGAAACACUAUCUAGCAGAGAAGGUUGGACCCAUUCAACUCACAGUCUCUCACUUUAGUGAAAAGGUCUUGAUCUCUGUAAAUGCUAUUCUUGAUCUCUCUGUUUUUCGAGGUCCAUUCCCUCUGGAAAUUCUGGUGAGGGACCUGAAAAACAAAAUUCCAAGUUUAUGCUUCAGUCCUUUGGAACAAAAUGGAAGAAUCUCCGUUCAAGGAUCCUUUCUGGCUAUCAAGAAGCUCAAAGAAUCUUUGCUAUUUAAAGCAAGUUCUCUUUUAGAAAAAAACAGGAGUUGUAUCAGUGAGGGGGAAAAGAGGAGUAGACAGAGCCCCAGAAGGAGUCUACAGAGAAGUAAUAACUCUUUGGAGUCACCCAGGUCCUCAGUACCCGAGACGGCUAGACGUGGAGAGACUGCCAGAUGUGGAGAGACGCUUGUUCUCGAAACAGAUGUUUUUCUGUACCUGAAAAAGAACGGCUUUUAUGAAAGUACUUUGAAAAAAUUUCAUGUGCUAUGUCAGGAGAGAGUGGAAGGUGAAAUCACCACAAUUUGCAUAAAAAAUGCUCGAGAUGGUUUGCCGCCAAACAAUGAAAAACUUGUAAAAGAGUACUUUGAAAAAUAUGCACAUGCCCUUCACUUUGAGCUUAGAAAAGAGACGUUUGAUUUGGAAGGAAAGGAAAAGAGAGAGAGAGGAAAUAUUAAGUUGGCAUGUGAACAACUAAGUUUGAGGUACCAUCAGAAACUUCUGGUUAAUUUUUAUAAGACACACAUUGAUAUUAUAGGAUCAUCUUCUGACGUUUACUCGUUUAAAAAAGAGCUCAUGAAAUUGAUAAGGCAAACAGGUAGGUGAUAGAAUCUCAGCAAUAGUGAUGAUAAUGGCUGCUGCUUUGCCUUCCUGAGCAGUGAGGAGGCCAUGCAUGGUGAUAGCUUUACCCAUUUUAUCUCAUUUAAUCCUUGAGACCAUCCUUCGUUAGAGUCAUUGCUAUCCUGUUAUAGGGGAAGGAACUAGGAUUUGGAGCGGUUAAAACACAUGUCCGAGGUUAUCUAGCUGGCAAGGAAUGGGGCUGGGAUUAAACCCAGUCUAUGUGACUAUAAAGGUAAUAUCUAAAGUAUAAAACUUUGAAAAAAAACUCAUUAAGCUUUGAAGAAAUCUCACUUUCUCUGAAACCCCAAAUUCUUGGAAAAGGAAGUAGCUUUAAUUCUAAUACGCGAGAAGUUCAGGUGAUGAUGAUUACGCCAUUGGCAAUUUCUUAGCAUUUACAAAGUUUGCAUUUAUUCUAAAUAGAAUAAGGAUGCUGGCAAGCCCUGGCCAGGUAGCUCAGUUGGUUAGUGCAUCAUCCAGAUAUAUCAAGAUUGCAGGUUUGAU